GUUUGGUUGGUUUAGUUGUCCGUGGACUCAGGGCGGCCGAAUCGGUGUGGUUGUAUAUGCUCUGCGUCUGAGAUAUAGAAAUAGAAUGUUCGUGUUUGUUGUACCAUAUGGAAUCAAAUAUCUCCAAAAAAUUGGUUCAUAUGCAGGAAAAUUCGUCAGCAUGUCAUGAUUGAAUUAAAGAGCGCACUUUGGCACUGAUUUAACUUUGUAUAUAUUGCGGCAUUCAUGUGCUUCCAAUCCGCUCAAAAAUGUUGAAAUUUAGUGAAAGUAUUCUAUGAUAACGCUGUCAGGCGUGCCAGGUAUAACAUGAGGUCAUUGAAUGUUGAUCUGUAGUUGAUAUUGAAGUGGCUGCCAGCUGUGCCGACAUGGCAAAGGUAUUGGACAAUGCCAGUAAACUUGGGUUAGAGAAGUACCCUCGUCAGGAGUCCAGAGAUAUUCUUUAUGGAACAGCAGGCUUUAGGACAAGGGCGGAAAACCUUCCUCAUAUUCUGUAUCGUGUUGGUUUAUUGGCUGUUCUUAGAUCAAAAUCUAAAAGAGGAGCAGCUAUUGGGCUAAUGAUAACAGCAUCCCAUAACCCAGAGCCAGAUAAUGGUGUGAAAUUGAUUGACCCAUUUGGUGAGAUGCUACAGCAGAGCUGGGAGAAGUUUGCUACAAGACUUGCAAAUGCUAGUGACACUGAACUGUAUUCUGUUCUUCUUGCAAUAGCUGAGGCAGAAUCAAUUGACUGGGAAGCACGGGCACUGAUAUGUGUUGGGCAAGACACAAGACCAAGCAGUCCUGACCUUGCCCAGGCAGCCAUAACAGGAAUAACUGUUAUGGGAGGAGAGGUGAAGGACUAUGGGGUUGUGACCACACCCAUGCUUCAUUACUUUGUGGCAAGUAUCAACACUGAUGGUAUAUAUGCUGAAGCAACAGAAGAUGGUUACUUUAAAAAAAUGACCACCGCAUUCAAGAAACUCAGAGGAGAUAAGCCAAGCAAUGGUAAUUACGUACCAAGUAUUUUGUUUGAUGGAGCUAAUGGUGUUGGAGCACUGAAAAUGAAAGUUUGUUUAUCAUACCUGGGUGAUUCUCUACAGGUGCAACUUUACAAUGACGGAAAUGGAAAGCUGAAUCAUUUGUGUGGUGCAGACUAUGUAAAAGUGCAACAGUGUGCACCACAUGGAGUUCCACGAAUCACUAAUGCUCGAUGUGUGUCUGUGGAUGGAGAUGCAGACCGAAUCGUUUAUUAUUACACUGACGAAUGUGACAAGCUCCAUUUGCUGGAUGGGGACAGAAUUGCAACCCUGGUUGCUGACUAUCUUAUGGAACUGGUUCAGAAAAGCAACCUGGGUCUUCAGCUAGGGUUAGUCCAGACAGCAUAUGCAAAUGGAAGCUCCACCAAUUACAUAUCCAAAACAUUGAAAGCUCCUGUGGCUUGUGUACCAACUGGUGUGAAACACUUGCAUCAGAAAGCUCUGGAAUAUGAUAUUGGAAUUUAUUUUGAAGCCAAUGGACAUGGAACUGUUAUAUUCAGUGACUUUGCUACCAAACGUAUCUGCUGUGCUGCUGAAGAACCAAGCUUACCUAAAAAGCAACUGUGUGCCAUAAGAACACUUGCAGCCAUAAUAGAGGCCAUAAACCAAACAGUUGGUGAUGCAAUAUCAGACUUGUUGAUUUUGGAAACUGUUCUGCAUGCUAGAGGCUGGAGCAUACAGGAUUGGGAAGCUGCAUACACUGACUUACCCAAUAGACAACUCAAAGUGACUCUGAAGGAUCGAAGAGUGAUCGAAACAACAGAUGCAGAGAGGAAAAGUGUGGCUCCUCCAGGACUCCAAGAUCAGAUCAACUUGUUUGUUAGAAAUGUGCCAAAUGGUAGAGCAUUUGUCAGACCUUCAGGAACAGAAGACAUUGUUCGAGUUUAUGCUGAGGCAGACACACAAGCUAAUGCUGAUCAACUAGCACUUCAGGUUGCUUCUGCUGUAUAUCAGCUGGCAGGGGGAGUAGGCAGUCCUCCUGCAUUGGAGUGACAACACAGCAGGUGCAGUAGCUUGUAUCUGGUGAAGGGAUGGAACUUGCUGCUGAUUACAAAAUGGUAAUGACUGUAUUUCCUCUUCCCUUUGCAUAUAUAAAGUGUAAUAGGAUUGACAUCUAACAUUUAGAGCCUUGGCCAUUUUAUGUAUGUAAUAUGUAAAUGCCUGGAUAUUUUUGACAUAGAAUAAAAAAAUUAUGCAAUAAUAAAUAUAACUCUUAAUGUAUGGGAUUUGGGGGCAAUUUUGGGAUCAUGAAGAAGAGUAGGAUACAGAUUUUUCAUGUUUGUAUGCUUCAUAGUUCCUCAAUAAAACACCUGAAACUGCUUGAAAAAUG